AUGUCGCUCGGAUUCUUGACAGAGUCAGCACUCGUGCCGUCUAAGGCCAAGGAAAUUAAAAUUGAUGCCAAGUCUCUUCUGGAUCUGAAAGCUGUCGUCUAUCAAAAAGAUCAGGAGCGAAAACGCCGGCUUGAGGAGGCUUUGACGGACGAGGAUGACAGCGCAACCUUAAAUAGUAAUGGCGCAUCCCGAUUGAAACGAUAUGCACAUCUUCGGGGCGGUAACAAACAUCCGAGGCGGUCGGACAAGGAUCGCAUGGGUAGUGGAUGUCGUAAUAAAGGUGUGGAUUCUCGUAGUCGACGUGACGAGGAGGCUAAGGCGAGAGAAGCACCGAGUGAAGAUGACGACCAAGCGUGGAGCAAAAGGUCGGCGGAGAUGUUACGAAAGAAAGCACAACUAUACGAGGAGAUGGCCAAUGGAGGAGGGCAUGCUCAGUUAAGAGGAGAGUGCUUAGUGAACUUUGAAGCGAAAAAGAAUAUGACAAUGGCAGUGACGUUGGAGAAAGAGACAACAGUCGAGAUCGAAGAUGAGUUUGGACGCUUGAGGAAGGUAGCGAUAGACAGCCCCGACUAUAAUACUUUGCAGCAGCGGCUGACUGAAGAUUUAACUGGACGAGAUUAUGAAGAAAUGGCGAGCGCGAAUUGGGACAAAGGAGGCGGCAGCUUUGUGGUGUCACCGUGGGAGAAGCGCUUAAAAAGCGUCGAAAAAGACCAUUUGAAAGAAGUCCACGAACAAGCGUCAUAUGCACAGAAUCAAGCACACUUUUCUUCGUCGGAUACGAUGGCGAAGAAGACGAGAAAGCAAAUGCGUCUGGAGCGUCUCCGCAUGCAACAAGAAAGAGUGGCUCCGAGUGAAAAUGCAGCAUUUACAAGUCCUAUGGAUGACCCAGCGGCGUCUGAAAAAGCGACUAACUUUUUGAAUCGGUUGCUGUGA